AUGACGCAGAAGACUGCUGAAAACAAGGAACCCCCAGAACAUAAAAAUCUCCCACCUCCAAGUUGCCCUGUAAAGGUUGGAAAGGUAUUUAAAUCAAUUAACGUUAUCGGAUCCGGAGCAUUUGGCGUUGUUUACUGCGCUAUGGGUCACAAUGGAGAGACAUGUGCCAUCAAAUGUGCUGUCGAUGAUCCGAACUACAGAAACCGCGAAGUUAAGGUUUUUACUCGCCUUAAUCAUCAUAAUUGCAUAAAGAUGAGAAGCCAUUUCAAAUCGAAGGACAAGAAAUAUGAUAGAACUAUUGAGAACAUCGUAAUGGAAUAUCUCCCAGAUUCCCUUCAGAAUUAUGAUCGCCAGUUAGCCCAAAACAAUGAACACUUACCGAUUUGGAUGGUAAAACUGUUUGCAUACCAAAUGUUCUGUGGUUUAAGGCAUAUGCAUACAAUUGGAUAUAUUCAUCGUGAUAUCAAGCCUGCCAACCUUCUUAUUGACGUUGAUGCUGGUAUUCUUAAGCUUUGUGACUUUGGCUCAUCAAAAAGGCCAAAACCAGGACAAACCUGCAAAUCUUAUGUCGGAUCAAGGCCAUAUCGUGCAAUUGAAUGCAUCUUAGGAAGCGAAACUUACGGAGCCCCCAUAGAUAUCUGGUCUGCUGGCUGCGUUAUUACCCAAAUGCUUACAGGCGUUAAUCCAAUUUUCGCAGCAAGUUCUACUGAAGAAUUGACCAAUUCUAUCAUUCAUUUCCUUGGUACUCCAUCAAAGGAAGAUAUUCAAGAUAUGGAAGUUAAAUGGAACCCACCAAAGAUUCAUAAAAAACUUUUAAUCGAGUCUCAUCUUCCAAAGCACACUCCAAACGAUAUAAUCGAUCUCCUUAAUCAUAUUUUCGUCUACUCUCCAAAGAAAAGACUUACUGCAGAGCAAUGUAUGAAACAUAAAUGUUUUGCGGAAUUAUUUACCAUGAAGACUUUGCCAAAUGGCAAUCCUAUGCCAAAACUUGAUGAAGUCCCACAGUAA